CUUAGAUACUAUCAUUAAACUUUAAUUUCAUAUUGUGCUUUUAACACACACAUAUAAACGAGGUGUUUGAUCUCUCACGCGGUUUGUAUGCGAACAGGUCGGAAAGACAACAGACAAGUGUGUUUUGAAACGUUUAGAUCAGCGCAGCUCACCGAAUUUGGUCAGGACCGGACCACUCAGAUUCUUUGGAAAUAUCAGGCGUUAUUCUUAAUAUUUGUAUUAUUUUAUAGGGUAUUAAUUUACUUGUUAUGUCAUUAUUUAUGUAUUUGACUGACUGAUUUUAUACAGACCGACUCGCGCUAAACGUUUUCUUUGUAAUGAUAUACUAUGGAAAAAAAGUUUAACGAGAAACUGUUAAUUUUUCGCGUUCAUCUUGCCUGUACAACUCAGCCUACCGAGGACAGCGGGAAACACGAGCAACGGGAUAUAUCAGUCCGAAUCAGAAAUCGAUGUAACGGAAAAAACAACGACGUCGUCGGUGAGUCGUCAACUAAAUGAUUUUUGGUCUCAACGUACGACAAAAUAAUACACUAGGCCGUGAAGAAACUUGUGAACGAUGCUCUUUUAAAAUGGCGGCCACGACGCCUUUUGAUUGCUGUUGUUGUUCCAGCGAUUAUUCAUUUACAAAGUACAAACUACAUGUAUUUUUAUGAAUGUGUAAACACAACAAGAUAUUAAUUAGCAUUAUUAACCACAAGUAGCCUAAUCUACAUUAUCAUCUUGUGGGAAUCAUAUAAACAAGUCAUAGUAAUUUUUAAAUCAAAACAAUAAUCAUAUUACCAUCGGAAUGCACUCUGUUCGUGACGUCACAGCGCGGGAGGCUUUAAAGAGCUGCUCUCACUGACAAACUCACUUUUGACUCCUUGCCUUUAGUGUAUAUGCGAUUUAGUGUCGAUAUACGAUUAUUUGCAUCAGUCUACAGCUGUGAUCAGUGUGCAAUUUUGAAUGCUAAGUGUACGAUUACCUAUCAGCAUCUGAUUGUGAAUCUGCAUUUUUUUAUUCAGUGUACUAUAUCCAUCUUGAUCUGUGUAUUAGUACAGUUGAAUUGCACAUCACAGCUUUCUGAUCUGUGUACGGUUUCAGAUCAUAAAGUUUUACUUGGUUGUAGGAUUUUGGAUCAGCGUACCAUUUCAGAUCAGAAAAUGUAUAGCAAUAAAUUUCGCACGCUCAGGCCCCUGACGUGUGUCAGUCCUGCUCUGACUGCACCACCUCUGUGUGCCGCAGACAGGCCAAGACUGCGGCCACAACCACCGCCGAAAAGGAGCCCAGAAGGCAUUGCGGCAAUGAGGGUAAGAUGCUUAUCAAUGUGUUUUUCAACCAUCAUUAUUAAUAUUAAGCCUGUGUUCAUUCGUUCAGCAUAGUAUUAAGGUGUUUUCUUAUCAUCAACAGGAGCUCACUCGCCAGAACAGUAUUAGUGUCCGUGAAAAGGUCACGAUGUCCAGCCGACCGCAGUCUGUCCAGCUUCCUCCUAUCUUUGGCACUUCCUAUGUUAGAGGACUGUGUCCAAAUCCACCCGCUCAGGAAAAGACGACGCCUUCAGUUCAAUGCCAUCAAUCAUUUGACAAGGCCAGACUGCAGAGAAACCUUGCAGAGAAGGUAACCGAGCAGCACAUUGAGCAUCAAGUAGCCAAAGGCCGCAGAUACAACUUCAUGGAGGCUCGGAGGACAGAAGUGCGUCUGCGUCAUGAGCGUGAAAAGGUGGAAAUGGAGGAAGCUCUCACUCUACAGAGAGCCAAGCUGGAACAAGAGGUCCAUCAUGCGCGUCAGAAACAUGCCCAGUUUCUGGAAGAUAAGAGGAGGAGGAUCCAGGAGCAAGAGAUGGUUUGCCGUUUCAACCAACACCACAACUCUCGAGCGAGGGCCGUACUCCGAUACAACGAUUGGAAACAUGGAAAUGGAGUCAAGUAAAAUUGCUCAAGUACGCUCAAGUUGAAGGACCCCAUCAAGCAGUUGGAAGUGGUGAAUAAUGAAUGAUAAGAGGGCUCCUCCCCAUCAUGGCGGACGGCCUCAGGCUCCUCCACUCGCUCACGGACGGCAGCCGCCCAUCCACAACCCAGGCGGCUGGUAGCGAGUUCGUCCGUUCCCCUGGCAAGUUACUCCAGCCCUCGAGCGUCCAUUGCGGCAGACUCUGCUCAGCCGCGCUCGCUGGCACAGCGGAUUUCCCACAGUUGCGUUCCUCCUUUCUUCUGGGUUUCAGCCCCACUUUACCAAUGUUUAAAGUUCACAGAAGAAGGAGGCGGGAAACCGGCGAACGUUCAAUAUAAUGCUUUAAUCAUAAAAUCCAGGCAUGGUCCUUGCUCAUAAUAUUGAUCAAGACCGAGCAUGACCUGAUUGCCUUAAGCUUUUUAAAAGUGGUGGGGCUAGUAAACUAAACCAAUGGCUUGGAUUGAGAAGGGCAUAUACAUAUAUAUACAACUGUA